UUGCAUAUAAGAUUUUUAUAAAUAAUUGUCAAUAUAUCAAGGAAAUGUGUGUUAUCUCUGUAUUAUUUUCAAAAAUAUGAGUGCUAAGCCGUUUAAAAAUAGUAAGGGUGUAAAUAAACCGUUUCGUUCUCCAUUUAGUACCCCUCGAAAGAACAGUACAGAAAAUAAUGUAAAUAAUACAGCAUUAGCUAGCCAUGGAACACCAUUAAGAGUUUCUAUAUCAAAGAGAUUGCUUUUUCAAACACCUCCUACAAAAAAACUUCGUUUAAGCGAAGAAAAGUGUGAAAACCAAACGGAUGUUGAACAACAUACAGAAUUAUGUCAGGAUCAUUUAGAAUCAUUGAAAAAGCAAAUACAAGGAAAACAAGAGUUAAUUAACAAAUUAAAAACAAUAUUGCUGUACAAGAAAAAGAACAAAGCUGAAGAUUUAGAAACUGCCAUUAAAAAAUGGAUAGAUGCUUGCCAAAAUGCCCUUAAAGAUUAUCAAAAUGAUUUGCAAGAAAGGAAUGGGCAGUCUGUGAGCAUGGCUGAAAUUUUAUCCACAUUUGGUAUAAAACCAGAUACAGUAAAUUUUCUCAUUACAGAUGAUACAUUCCAUUAA